GUUGGUUGGAAAUGGCAGGUAUGUCAUCACGAAUCCAGGAGUACCUUGGUGCAAUUUUAAGACUGCAUAAGGGUAGAGGGUUGAAGAGCCCAACGGAAGACUAUAGAGUAAAGAAGGUAGUAAGGGGUAUUAAGUUGCUAAGAGCUCACGAUCAAGAUGCAGUUUGGCCGCGUGAUCCCUUUCCAUUGGAGGCUUUAAGGCAGUAUCAUGAUAAUCCUUCUGAGAAAGUUGAUCCGGUUAUCUGGUGUUUUCGAACCAUGCGUAGACCUGGUGAGCUAUGUAAGUUGAGGAAAAAUGAUGUUGAGAGGAAAUCGGGUUUGGUCUGGCUCAGAGUUAGGAAGACAAAGAAUGAUCCUUUUGCGAAUAGGAAGUUUGUUCCAAUAGAACCGUCAGGGUGGGAGAUGUCAGUAGCUGCAAUUUCAUCUGUGAUUAAACGUAUGACAGAGAAUGUGAAAAUUGUUGGCCGCUUUACGUCUCAUAGUUUGAGAAUAGGUAGAGCGGCGGCUGCCAUGAGGGGAGGAAUGUCUUUAGCUCAAAUAAGGACUAUUGGGGGCUGGGAUUUAAAGGCUGUUAUGUUAUACUUAAGAGCGGUGGAAACAACGAAAGAUGGGGCGUCAAUCAAGAUGGGAUUUUAA